AUGGCAGCAGGGGUUCGGGUCAUGUCCCAUCUUUCCGGGCUACAAGCGGUCAGGACGUCCAAGUACCAGUCACAUGGAGGCCAGGGUGGUGUUUGGUCCCAUCCGGCCAUGGAUGUGACAGGGCCACCCCUAACCUUCAUGGGUAGCACCCGACUCUAUGGAAAUGCUUUCCCGGUUUCCGGGAGCCGCAAAUCCAGGUGCCCUUUCCACCUGCACAGCUGCCGCACAGCUGCCGCGGCGUUCCGACGCGGCGUUCGCUCACCAGGUGACCCCAAGCGGGCGACCCGAAGCAGUGGACGAACCAACGAAGCAGUGGCGGAAAAAUGCCGGGUCAAUGGGUGGUGA